CCUAACACUAUCACUUCUUAAACAAAGCGAACUGUGAGAGAAACCAUGAAAAAACAACUUUUCUUAGGACUUCUUCUCUCAUUGCUCCUAAUAUUUUCUUGUUUCGCUCAAUAUUUUUCCCGUGACAAGAACAUUCCUGAAAUGAGCCAAUUUCCAUUCUGUGACGCAUCCCUAUCUCAUGAGAACAGAACCAAGGAUUUUAUCUCUCGCUUGACAUUACAAGAAAAGGUGCAACAACUAGGAAAUCAUGCAGCUGGAGUUUCCCGGCUUGGUGUCCCUGCUUACAAAUGGUGGUCCGAGGCACUUCAUGGCAUGGCAAGUGUCGGUUAUGGUAUGGGACAAGUGGUGUCAAAUGAGGCCCGAACCAUGUAUAAUGUGGGUUUAGCCGGGUUGACAUAUAGGAGUCCCACUAUUGAUGUGUUUUGUGACCCAAGGAGGGAUCGAGGCCAGGAGACACCAGGAGAGGAUCCUUUGGUGGUGUCAAAAUAUGUUGACAAUUAUCAUUAUACUGCUUAUGAUCUUGACAAAUGGAAAGGUGUAGAUCGAUUUCACUUUGAUACCAAGGUGACAAAGAAGGAUCUAGUGGGCACUUUUCAACCACUAUUUAGAAGUUGUGUAGAGGAGGGUCAUGUGAGUAGUGUGAUGUGUUCAUAUAACAGGGUUAAUGGUACUCCUACUUGUGCUGAUUCAGACCUGCUCAAAGGGGUUAUCAAAGGACAACGAUUAAACAUGAAUUGUGGAGAUUUUUUGCCAAGGUAUACAGAGAAUGCAGUCAAGUUAAACAAAAUUGAAGAAUCUAUUAUAGACCGAGCCUUGAUCUACAGUUAUAUAGUCCCCAUGAGACUUGGUUACUUUGACGGGGAUCCACAAUUUCACCCAUUUGGAAAUCUUGGACCAUCAGAUGUGUGCAGUGAAGAACAUCAAAAGCUUGCACUUAAUGUUGCAAAGCAAGGGAUAGUCUUGCUAGACAAUAAUGAAGCUCUUCCUUUGUCUAAAAAUGCCACAAAAUACUUGGCUGUUAUCGGACCAAAUGGACUGCAUAAGUAUAUCUCAUCUGUUACAUAUGAAGCCAGGUGUCCAUUCAUAAAUUGCACCGGUGAAUCGCUUAUUGGCGCAGCAACUAAGGCUGCUACUACAUCAGAUGUGGUGGUAUUGGUGGUGGGACUUGAUCAAUCUAUUAAGCAAAAGGACUUGGAUAGGGAGAACUUGAUAGAAGUAUUUAAUGCAACAAACGGAAAGGUGAUCCUUGUUAUAAUGUCCGCUAGUCCUAUCGAUAUCUCUUUUGCCAAGAAUGAGAGCAAGAUUGGAGGGAUUUUGUGCGUAGGCUAUCCUGAUCAAGCUGGAGGAGACGUUGUCGCUCAGGUCAUAUUUGGAGACCAUGAUGAUCCUGCUGGAGGGUCCUCUUUUACAUGGUAUCCAAAAGAGUACUCUGAUCAAGUGAACAUGAGAGCUAAUUCAACCGAUGACUUCCCUGGAAAAACCUACAGCUACUCAACUUUCUCAGAGUUUGUUAUUUCCGCUCCUUCUGCCUUACCAGUCCCAUUGAAAUUCUUCUCUCAGACCAAGCAGCAUUCUCUAGUUUAUUCCUCCAAACAAGACCCUAAACCUAAUGGCCAAGCAAUUGAUAUUUAUAGUGUAAAUUGCACCAAUCUGCAACUUGGUCUAGUCAUUGGCAUGAGAAACAAUGGGACCAGCAGAGGUAACAAGUCCAUGAAAUAAGCAAAUGGUUGCAUUUGACAGGGUGCAGGUGAAAAAAGGCAACAAAAAUAAUAUAACUUUGGAUGGAGAUUCAUGCAAGGGACUUGGUCUUGUGGACGGUGAGGGGUAGAGGAAGUGGAUAACAAGAAAGCAUACAUUUAUGAUUGGGUCUCCUAAUGAGCAUCAAGUGAGGUACCACCUCAUCGUUAGGCACUUAGGCUGUCUCAAAGCGGUAGUGUGGGAGGAUUUGCAUCUAUGUAAUAGAAACAGAACUGAAAAUUUCCUCAUCCUAGAUUGAGAUGAGC